AUGCAGAACGGAGCGGGUUCGGCGGGGCCUGGGGACGUCUUUGGACGCGGAUUUCUCAAGACCUGGGAGUUCAACGAGCAACGAACGUCCGGUGGUACUGCCAUCCAAGCCGGCGAGACCGACAAUGGGAGGACAGGGUUCGAGGGGUGGCUAUGGGACAAUCGGGGUCAACAAGAAGCCACCGUCUAUAUUUGGGUCUUUGGAGAUGGCCAUGGAGGAGAGGCCGCUGCUGACUUUGCAAAGGCCCACCUGCCCGAGGCUCUCCGCCAGCAGCUACUGACCUAUGAACGGGAGAAAGAACGGGACAGAGAAAAAGACAAGGAGAAAGAUGAAAAAAAGGAGAGGGGCGGCCUGUCUUAUCCUUCCAUCCUGGAGCAACAGAUCCUGGCCUUGGACAGAGAAAUGCUGGAGAAGCUCUCCGCAACGUACAAUGAAGCAGGAGGGUUCAUCAGCUUCAAUGGCUCGUGGCGUGUCCAGGGCAUCUUGGCCAUGUCCCGUUCUCUUGGCGAUUACCCACUGAAGAACCUCAACGUGGUCAUUCCUGAUCCCGACAUCCUGUCUUUUGACCUGGACAAGCUGCAGCCGGAGUUCAUGAUCCUGGCGUCGGACGGCUUGUGGGACACCUUCAGCAACGAGGAGGCAGUUCGCUUCAUCAGGGAACGACUGGACGAGCCUCAUUUUGGCGCCAAGAGCAUAGUCCUCCAGUCCUUCUAUCGUGGUUGCCCUGACAACAUCACCGUCAUGGUGGUCAAGUUUAAAGGCAAAGCCAGUGAGCAGUAGACCAUCCGUCUACCACAUACAAUAUCUAUAAUAUGUUUGAAUAUAAGUAAGAAAUAAAUAGGCUUAAAAUGAAAGAUUUAAAAACCGAGCCCGCACGUUUUUAAGCGAGAACUAUUUCUAUCACA